AGAAGAAGAAGAAGAAGAAGAAGAAGAAGAAGAAGGGAUUUCCCAUUUUUCUCUCCGUCCAACUGAAGUUUCCUGCUUCUGGUUUUAGUGACUUUUUGUUGCCGCUGCGUGUCUGAAGCGGUUUCUCCUCCAGACCGGGACUGCUCGCUAUUAACGGGACUGCUCGCUAUUAACGGGACUGGUGUGUAUUAACGGGACUGGUCGGUAUUAACGGGACUGGAGUGUAUUAAGGGGGACUGGUCGGUAUUAAGGGGACCGGUCGGUAUUAAGGGGACCGAGGUGGUUCAACAUGCCGAGGGCCUUUCUGGUGAAAAAGGCCAAUGUGUCUCCGGGGAAGCGGAACUGGAGCGAGCUGCCGGAUGAUGAGCGGGGGGACGUCUACAUCCCAGUCCCUGUCUUCCCUCCGUCCGUCCUGAUGAUGGACUUGGAGGCGUCUCCGGCGGAGACGAUGGCGCCGCUCUGCCUCACUAAGCGCUCGCCGUCCUCCGACUCCCCGCCGCGCGCCGAGCUGCCGUCCAGCACGUCGCUAGGACGACCGCCGCCGCCGCCAGCGGGGCAGAGGUCAGAGGUCAGGAGGAGGACGCCCAGCACCUUCAUCCGCUCCAAGAUCAAGGUGACUACAGGUGAGCUCCGCCCCCCCCCCUCCCUCCUCCCCCUCUCUCUUCCCCCGCUCCCCCCUCCCCCUCCCCCUCCCACCGCCACCGCCAUGCCCGUCGCCCUGACGACCGCUCCGAUGGAAGCCGUCUCCAUGGUGACCAGGUCGACGGGUCACAGUCCGAGUUCGUCUUCGGGGUCAACGGCGCCGUUCAUGUGUCAGGUUUGCCAGAAAACGUUCCAGUACCAGAGAAUGUUAAACAGACACCUGAAGUGUCACAACGAGACCAAGAGACACCUGUGUAGCUUCUGUGGGAAAGGUUUCAACGACACCUUCGACCUGAAGAGACACGUACGCACGCACACAGGCGUGCGUCCCUAUAAGUGCACGCUGUGUGAGAAGGCCUUCACCCAGCGCUGCUCCCUGGAGUCCCACAUGAAGAAGAUCCACAGCGUCAGCCAGAAGUACGCCUACAAGGAGCGCCGCAACAAGCUGUACGUGUGCGAGGAGUGCGGCCUGACGGCGGGAACGCAGGACGAGCUGCUGGUCCACCUGACCUCGCUGCACCCCGACAGCAGCCUGCUGAAGGGGAAGGCCGCUCGGCGAGGAGCAGGAGGAGCAGGAGGAGCAGGAGGAGCAGGAGGAGCAGGGGGGGAUGGGGAGGGAGGCUCCUCUCCGGGGUCGGCUCACGGAGCUGACAGCGACGACACCACUGGCUCAGCGGGACAGUAGACCCUCACCCAGUAGACCCUCACCCAGUAGACCCUCACCCA